AUGGAAAGAGAUUCAAGAGAUCCCGCGAACGGAGGUUGCGCAGUCGCAGGAGCCAAGCAAUUGUCAGACGCAUGAGGUGCUGUCAGAAUAGUUAGCUUUUCUGCUCUGCCGGUCGUUACCGGUGACAUCUGUCCCAUGGGCACUUGUUUUGUUUUCACUCAGUUGUCGGACCUGUUCGCUGAACCAAGAAUACCAGAGAAAUUGGCGACGACAUUGUUUGCUUCUCUUCGUCUUCCAUUCCCUUCCGGUUCUGAACACCUCCAAGGCUACAACAUUCCAUUGACAGUUCUCUGAAAUGAUGUUAAUAUAUUGUCAUGGACACCCUGCAAAACAUGCUCACUUUGAGGCGUGCAACGAGGUGCUUCCGACUUGCAGUCAGUACGAGCUGAACACCUACACCGCCAGAUUUCGUUCUCGUGACUUGAUCAUGCAACAACCAUCAGAAGCCAAGAGGUUGAUUUCGCCGCCCACGAUCAGUCGGCCGUCAGGCAGUCUCUAUAAUACACUUUUGGUUUAAGGACCUCCUGAUAAGCGGACCGGAAUGAUACAUUGGUCAUUUUUUUCUGCGCGGUUUCGUCUGUGUGCUAGGAAGAGAGAGUAUUGAAUCUUAGAUGCGACCAAAAUCCGUUUACUAGUUGACUGUUCGCUUGCGAGAUGCAUUAUCAUAAUCCAUAUCUUUGGGGCCUUCAGGAGGAGGCCGUUACGCAGAGAGUCAACCCUGUGGGAUUUGUCAAGUUUUGCACGUGCUAGUGAUGUCAUACGUCGAUGAAAGAGUCAAGGCGGGUAUGGACCAGUUUUGGUCCUUCUCCACGGAACCUGGGGAGUUUUCAGUUUUUCCAGUACACGUCGUGUUUUUCGCAUCCCCAGGCUGCAUCAGUAGUGCCAAACGUCCUGAGUGUUCAGCAGCCCGUUGAUAUGGUUUCUAGCGUAUGUCGAACUGUUCACUGAGACUUUCACCCCCUGUGAUAGCUUGUGUACAACAGCCAACGAACCUAGGUUGUUGCAUAUGGUCUUCCAUCACCUCCCGAGUUGUUCCCCACAGCACCCGCACUCUAUAGGGGAGUUUCUCGGAAGCCAGCAAUUGGCAGGUGUUACGAGCCAACUCCGGACAUGAACAGAAGCAUUGCCCGUUUGUAGGGACGAGAAGGCGCGAGGUUGAAUUUGCCCCACCGACCGGUUGGCCGUCGGAGUUAGGUGUUUCCUCCUAUGUAUAGCUCCAACGUGACUCUCACGAUUGAUCGGAAACGACAUUCCCCACCUUCCUCCGCUACCCGACAGUUGUCGAACAUCGCUCAGACGUGUAUCGAUGACCUUUUGUGCCUCUCGGCGGAGGAGCCGGGGGCAAGAUGACAGAGGUCAAUAUUGCCCCUUCUCUCUGAAGGUCGUUGACCCAGGCCGGGUUGGUGUCCCUUGAGGUUUUAUCGCCGCUGGACAAAACCCGUUCUGCUUUGUAGUUUGUGCUCGCCGAUGUGUCGGCAGGGUAUGCGUACAAAGACGUGCCAGUCUGUCGAGGAACUCGGCACCACAUGUUUGCUGAAGAAAUCGAAGCGCUUUCGGCACACGUGUGUUUCUGCAUGACGUUAGCAUGUGGGAACUUUAGUGCGGUUGCGUGAACGUGCCAGUAGUUGGUGGAUCGGAGAACCCUUGUACGGGGAUGAAUCGAUCUCGAUCCCGAAACCAGGGGAAUGGGAACCCCGAGAGGUUUAUAGUAAGAAGGCGAAAUCUGGUCAUGAGGACCACACCGCAAGUGUGUGUAGGCACUUUGAGGGGUCAACAGUUCAAGUGGUCAGUGGGUUUGGGUGUCUGAACCUCCUUGUCGGUCUUUCUCCUUUGCCACCUCCACUGUUUGUGUUAUAGGGCCGCCUGGAAAAUGUCGUAUUUUUUGUUCUUACUUGCGUUCGUACUGAACAGCGGUCAGGAAUGUUUCGCACAUCCUUUUGCGACGGAAACGCAACAAAAACGUUGGCACAAACAGCAUCAAGGCAUUAACCUCACCUUCCAAGUGCACUCCGCAGCUGCGGGAUCGCGAUUUGUGGGUGUAACCCCUUGGCUUGCUGCUCGAAACAGAUUCUGGCCCUCCCGUCAGGGCUUUGUGUGCCCGAAUGUUUCUUUAGUUUUCUGGUACCACUCGUUCUCGAGAUGGUGUUCGUUCUUGCUUGUCUUGAGUGGGAUCGAAGAAAAAACACGGGUUUUGGGAGUACAUAAUCGCUUUCAAUCAUUAACUUGGGUGCAGUCACCACGAACAUGCGUUCACAUGCGCCCACUGCCCUGCACCGCCCUGCCCAUGAAGAGAGACAAAUCUCUUGAACUUUGUUCAUUACAGUGACGCCCUCCUCAACCGGUGGGACUGGGUAGACAUGCAUCGUAAACGUUUGGGGGUAUACACGAGAUGAAGACCAGCGCGCUCAUUCUUGUCUUGUUAAGCAGCAGGAACAUAUUGUCCAAAACUGCUCUGGGGCGGCAGACAGACGUUGUACGUGAUACGUCUGUUUCUGUCGUUUCGAUGCUGCCACCGAAUCCCUCAGGCGGCAUCCCCCCGGAGUUGGGCGGGCUGACGGGGCUAACGAGGCUAUAUCUUUCCAACAACAAUCUUUCCGGUGAGGCCUUGCGGUUGACUGUGGUGUAUGCAGGGAGUCUGGUUGUUUGUGGUUGAUGCUGUUUCGUGUUGUAUGCUAGCCUAGCGUCGGCGUGCUUGGCGUCUAUGUCUUGGGAGUGACCGGUGGGUGUGUCUUGUUCUUGGUGCGAUUGCCAUUCGCUUGGUGUGACAGUCGCUGGUCAUUGGUGCUGUACUUUCACGUGGAAGUCCAGGAGGUACAGCAGGUGCUUCAACAGCUAUCGCCCAGAAAAUAUCCAAAUAUGUUAAAGAUAGUAACCAACCCACCUCCGCGGUUUAGGGAUCCACUUUAACCGGUCAGUGUGGUACAUCAUUCCAUUCCAGACGCUUGGUAAUCAUGAAUUGAUACACUGAUAUACCCUUCGCCAUGGGUUUCCAUUACCUUCAAGAUUACCUUGUGUUCAAACAGAAAAUGGGUCGCCGCCCGGGACUAGUACUUGUCCGCCUCCUUCUCCAAGCGCAUUGCAUCCGUUCAAACGAAUGAGAAAAUUCUGAUCAGCCUAGUUUUUGGUGCCUACCUUGAACAAUUUCUGGAACGGCCCGCGUACUGCUGCGGUACGUUGUGCUCUAUUGGUUGCAGGGCAUGCAACUUCGGGCAUGGGUCGUCGUUGAUGUUGGUGUGAGGCGGGUGUUGAUUGUGUUUAGAUGGCAGUUCAUGUUCUGGUUUGUUUUCAGUUCCAGUGACGAAGAAUGUUGCCCACUUGCGUCUUUGACAAACUGACACAGUAUUCCCGACCAUUUCAUGUAGGUUAUAGGAUUUUCUGCUCUACCAAACCCGAUCACGAUUGCGCAUUUGUUCCCAGUUGUGGUUCUUUUUCGAGCGAUGUCUGUAAACGUAACAACAGUCGAAACUAUUGGCCCGGUCUGUUCUGGUUCCCAUUCCGCAAGCGUACCACUUGAAAGAAACGAAAAGCAAAUUGAUGCUGCUCUAUAGUAUUAAGGCUUUGUUUGCUCACCAGAAUUUACAACCAAACAGUCGUCCCCGCUGUGAAGAUACGCAUCAGUUGUAUAUUUGAAAGUGCCUUUCUUUACCGCGGGAAAGUGUCCUUAAGGUCCUUACGAUGCUGGGAAUGAUAACUCACCGUCCCCGGGGUCAACGGAGGCGUCCAAUACGUCCGAAGACGCGUGAUUGCGUCAGGGAUACUAGCACGAAACCAAGAAGACAUCAUAAACCUGACUAUCACACCAUGGUGGUGGUUGGAAAUCGCACUCUCUUACAUACGUCGUUCGCUCUUGAACCUUGACGUCAUAACACUCCACCCCUCACAUUAUUCUUGGAACAAUGGGUAUAGUGCUGCAGGACGAGGCACACAAUUGCAACAGCAGCUGUUGUUGUCAUUGUUGUUGUCCCUGUUGUUUUUUUGUUGGGUUAGUUUCUCUAUUGCUUUGGCGUCGUUCCCGCGUUCAAUACCUUGUCGAGAUUCAUAUCGUUACCCGCACCCCAAAAGAAAAUGAAAGACAGCCAACCGUCGUUGCAGCUAACUCGGAUACGAUGCAUGCUGUACAUCUUGUGCGCCGCACAGGCUACCUGCUCAACAAGGAAGAAGCAAAACCAUACCUGAAACGAAAGUAGAAAUGUCGGAGCACCAACAACGCCAAACAAAACCACGAACGAAAUAAUGAUUGGAGCCCGUCGGUCCUGCCCAGAGGUCAAUAUCAGGUAGCACAACUACAAAUUACCAAGCUGAGCAUAAUUUCACGAAGACGGACCAAAGAGGAACACACAAGCAACAGUUGCACGUACAGCUACGUCGUCCGAAUUUAUCCAUACCCACCCGCAGUGGUGACAGUAGCAGCAGAUCGCUCACCCUGUCUAUUGCGCCUUGCAGUUCGAAAGGUGUCCUUGAGCAUCUUUUGGGGGUCCCGACUGCUGAACACAGUACCCCUCACCGUGUUUAGUGGUACAUCUGCGGGGCAUCCUGCUUCUGAGAUUCUUGUGUCUUCAAAGCAGGGAGUUGACUUAUGGUAGAUGGCCGUUGUCAUUCGCGAAGGCAUGAUCUUUUGGGGCGAUGUACGGGUUCGGUGUCACGUGUUCUGUCUCUGGGGUUAUUNACUCUGUGCCUUAGGGCAGCCGUGGCUACCAUGGCACUCUCUCAGCUCCACCCUGUGGUGGGUCGAAGCAAUCAGGCGUUGUUGGAAUCACCUGGAUUGUGAUAUCUCGUGGUCAGGGCUUGCAUGAGUGCUGUAGUAUUCAAAAGGUUGGACCCUCCCCCCUUGCCUGUAGACACGGACUGUCGACGAACGGUUGAGAGAACUCGAAAAGACAUGGUUCUCCUGUCUCGCGUUGAUUGUUUAGCUUAGACACGCAGAAAGCUCACGAGGCUACGUCGCCGAAAUGGAUGCGCAACCGCUAAUUGUACCCCUCUGGUCACUUCACGGUUGUUUACGUCUUGAGAGGUCUGCAAACGUCAGUGGCUCUUCUUGUGAAUGCGCUUCUGCUUCCACGUGAUGGACACCAUGCGGGGAGGCGUAAUUCCAAGAGGCUUUUGUUUCACGAACCGUGCAGCGCUUUGAGGAAGGCACCAGGUUAUUUGUUCACACCGGGACGUUGAGGUGGCGCCCAGGGCAUUGAAAAUCAAACUGAAAUACGAGGAGCUGGUUCAAUUACGUUUUUCGCACCCGGAUCUAUAUCUGCAUGGUUCCUUGCAAGUUACCACAGAAGGCAUUCAAAGAACGGUGCCAUGGGGCUGAGCGCAGCUCAGAAGGGACCACGUCGAGAAUCAGAAUACAGAAGUAUCACGUGUGCCCACCCUCCCUAAGGGCACGUUGUACUUCCUCCGGGCAUGACGAGAAUAGCGCCGAUAAACAUUAGCAAGUGCGAGAGGGGUCCAUAAUUCGGCACAACGGAAUAUUUCAAAUCCUACUAUAGCGAGUGCAGUACAAGUAAUCACCGCAAGCAGAGUUUCCGGCAGGCAUCAACGCCCGGUGCCGUCGUCCUCGAUGUACUCGCGAGACUGCAACCAAGCUUGCAUUUCCGCCUAGCUGGUGACACUCGCAGACCGCUGCAGACCCCGCAGAAGCAUUCCAUUCCCAAGCUGAUACACUGCAGAGCUCCUUUACCCUCAGCUCAGUCUCUCCCCUAUUACUACAGCCCUUUCAAACGCGUUCUUGAUGUUUGGUCGCUACCGCACGUUGCUUCUCGAGGUCGCACGGGUGAUGCGCCGAAACAUGAGCAAGGAAUGUGAUUGUUUUUCCCGCAUGCGGGACGCCAGUCCGCACCGCACGUUUAAGUUUCAUUGAGUUUGUGCAAUAGAAUCAAGAAGAAAAUGAUUUCGAAACCGCUGUAUUUUCGUAAGAAAUCGGCGACAUGCCUGCAUCUCUGGCUUGGGCGUCUAUGUUUGUGCACGUCGUUGGAGCGACAGACCGGGCUCUGACCGUCCCUCGGAUAUGCAAUCUCUAACACGCAACCGGCAAGGCAUUCUGUCAUACCUUGCAUUAACCAUCACUUGCGCGCCCUCGGGCGAGCACUGCUCCAACACACGGAUCUGGAAAAUGUGGGAACCACAAGCACUGCGUAUUGCACUAUCCGAAGUUGUUGACAGCAACGAGUUGCAUGACUUUCCUUGACCCCGAAACACAACGGGUUACGGUUACACAACUGGUACGGCGGUGAAGACUUGCUUCAUCUGCGACUGACUUGUAUCGUUUGCUACUUGCAAAGGUCUUAGGUCGACACCGUAAGUCCGUCCGUGUAUUUGCACAGGUAUAUAUAUAUAUCGGCACUCAAAAGGCGGACGUUGGGUGAACAUUUCCCCGCCCGAAUAUGUUGUUGAUGUUUAAUUUGGAUGUUCGGGAGAGAUUCAAGAGACCUCGCCACGAGAAAUUGCGUCCCACUGAACCAUUUGCUGGCAGUGUCUGACUCAUUCUUGUCGCCAACAAUGCAUGGAUUUCACUCACCUACCUAAGUGUCGGACGGAAAUGCGCUGUCACAACAGCUUGCCGUUUUGCUGUGCUUGUCGUCCCCGGGUACAUGUGUCUAAGGGACCGUUAUUUCGAUUUCAAGCAGCUGUCGGACCUGUUCGCUAAGAAAAACAUCAGAGAAGAAAGCGAGGAAAAUGCUGUGAUUCUAUUCCUCUUUCAUUCGUCCCCCGUUCCCGAACAGCUGAAGAGCCACACGCUCCAUGAAGGUUACGUGCACUGAUGUACAGUCGAGGGACCUUUAUAGUGCCGGUCUGUGUCGAGAGAUUUUACCGGCACUAAACCGCGCACCCUUCACUAUUGGGAAUAAUGCCACUAUUGAGGGCUAGCCAAUCCCUCAUUAGUGCCGCUCUAACACUAAUGAUAACGUGUGCGAUUUAUGGUGUAGCGCUCACGGUUGCGGGGCCAAGUCAGUACUGUUGCACGAAAUGCAUCGACGCUGCUGUUUUGUGAAGUUCUAGUGUAGGCCUGGGCAGACUUUCUUUCCCGCGACACGUGCGGUUUCACCCUGUGGAGCCCACAAGAGUUUUGUAAAAUAAGAACGUUGCAUUUCGUGCUACAGCAGUGCCUCACCAAGACAAGUCGACGGCGAAAGGGAAAUACACAUCAUGCACCCGAGUAGGUUGUGACCGGCACAAACUGCUUGAAAAUCAAUUUGUAAGCGCACCAAAGAAAACAACUACAGCUGUAACCCCCGCCCUUGCUGCGUCGCGACAAAUCCUCUCGUGUCUGCCUGGAGCACCCCAUUCGAUGUUGCAACAAAAAACAUAAAAAGAAAAGGCAGAUCACCGCAAGAAAACAACCACUGCUACAGAUGCGGGCCGUGUGGGGCGUGCAGCGUCUUAUCCUGUUGAGCGCACAGUUCACCUUCCGCACAUGGCAUGGUACGCCCCUGCCUAGAGCUGUUCUGGUCUGCAGCAGAACUUGUACCCUACUCCCCUGUCUAGAGUCUGUCCUCUGCCUGGAUGGCUGUGUGUGUGUCGUGUGUGUGCGGGCGGGGGGAUGAACCGGCACUAUCGAGGGUGACAGUGGCGCCCAACCGGCACUAUACCCGGCAUGCUCACAAUAGCGCCGGUAUGGCACUAUUGAGGGCUCCGCCUGUGUCCGGAGAUUUUACCGGCACUAAACCGGGCACCUGGCACUAUUCAACCGGCACAAUAAAGGUCCCUCGACUGGAAACUUGCUUCCUGGAGGUGCAUUCCGGCUUGCAGUCAUUGCGAACCGAUCAUCGACUGUCAGAUUUCAUUCUCCGUGGCUUGAUUGCAUAAGAACGAUCAGAAACCACCAGGUUGACUUCCCCCCCACGGCCAGUUCGCCGUCGGAGAAGAUAAACCCUGUUGCAUGUGUCGAACUGUGCACAACUUCUGUUUUCACAUGGCGUGACUAGCCGACUCUGGGUGGGGAUCGCUGGCCGUGAAGUUGCAUCUACGGUAUGUAGCAAUUUGUAGGUACGUGCUGCACGACCAGGCUGAAUUCAAACGCUGGGGUUGCACAAAUCAUCAAUACGAAAAGUGCCAUAUAUGUUAGUCUGCGUGGUGGCCGGUGACAACUGACGUGGUGCUGGCUGUGGCGAAAGGUCGUUGCGUAGGACCAGAAGAUGUUUGGUGGUGAUAGGACGAGUACCCGAAAGAGUCUACGAAUCAAAUGCUCGAGUUGGCUUAGGACGUCGCUCCCGAGAGGGCGCACGCGUAAGCGAGGUUGUAGGGAGGCUGCAGCCCGUAGUGUACACGUUUUCCCACAUCUCGGAGAGUGGCGUUAUCCCCACCAACAGGGGACAGCAAGCCGAAAGAAAAUAUGGGUACAAGGGUGAACUCGACCUCCCAACCUGCCCCGCCCAGGUUGUAGUUGGUGCCCUACCUGCCUCGCUGGCCACCAGUGCGACGCAUCGAGGUCCUGUGUCAUCACGGGCAUGACGUUCGAUAAUCGAAACGGGCUGAUUUUGUCGUCGGCUUAAGUGUUUGUGGCUGUUGAACGUAUUUGGAGGGAUGACCGUAGCUCAUGAUCAUGAAGUGCGGCGGGUGCCCUGGAGGUCAAGGUGGCCACUUCACAACAUGGACGAAAUACGUUCAUGGUUACACCCUUGUGUUGAGGCUACAAUAUACCUGCCUGUGUGAGCCUAACCCCCUUGAGUAUCAGCUUACCCGAGCUUCAGCGUACCAUUUGGACGAGCCUCGCGGCACGGCACAACUCAUCGCUUACCUUCCGUAUUAAAUGCUGCAUCUGAAGUACGUUUCCCUCUUUGAAACUCAAGUCUUCUUUGCAUGGUCCUCGCUUCCGAUCAACACCUGUGUCACCUGCUCACAACCUGGUGUCGAGCUGACCCCGAGAAAGUCACNCAGCUUUCUCCGAGAAAGUCACCUGUUGUUAUUGAUGGAGAACGAGUAAUUUGUUUUCCCGAAAUGGAACAGCGAGUAUUCACGCCAAUGAUUUUGUCCAAACCGGACGUCGAAUCCGCGAUUGUACCGCUCACAUUCACUUCUGGAUGUUUUGUUCUUCGUCCUGAGAAGGAGUGAUUCGACGAGGCCAAUUGUGUUAGACGUUGAAGGGUUGCAGAGAGGUCGGCCGUUGCAACCACAGGCGGUCGAGCUUUUUUUCUUCGGUGGGAACAAGGGUGUGUGAACGGCACCGGAAGUGCUCAUCCUAUAAAGUUCGUUUGGUGAAACGCUGUGUUUUGAGGGCCCAGAGCAAGCACAAAUGCAGGCUGCAAGCAUGGCACGAUGCUGACCAAACGAGGGCCACCUGUAUUGAAAUAAUGGCGUCGUUGUUCAGGACACAUGCCAUUGAGGGAGGCC